AUGGUUGUUGCUUGCCGGUUCAAGGCUAGCCUGAGCUUUCAAUUGCGACGCUUCGCCUGUGAAAGGGGUGCAAGCUUUCCAUUAUGUAAAUGUCAAGCAUCCUCUGCAGAAAAGCAUCAUGCAAUGGAGACAUGGCUCAAGUCGAAGGCAGAUCAAUUGGCACAGGCGGCCCAAGAUCACGUGUCCGCUGUGCAGCAAUCUGCUUCAAAGCUGGCGGUUGCCUUUGAUCCAGUGGGAGCGCCACCGGACGACUUGAAGGAUGUGGAGUUUCGGGACGGACCUCUCGGCUUUACCUUGGAGGGCAACCUUGUGGUUGCUGUUCAGCCGAGCUCGCAGGCUGAGCGGCUCGGGGUGGAGAUUGGUGAUCGCCUUGUCAAAAUUGACGGCUACGAGGUCCCGAGGUACGAGACGGAAUUCGAAGAACAGCGUGCUCGCAAAGUCAUCGCAAAGUGGCUCAAGGAGAUGCCUCGUCCAGCUAUCCUCACCUUCGAACUGCAGCAAGAUCUCGGCGAGGAAGUGGCCAAAGAGACGCCGCAGCCUCGCUCCGAAGAGGCGCCCAAAGCCGGCGCCGUGCAGGUUCUUCAGGCAGAGCUGCAGCGCACACAGGAGGAGCGCAAAAAGCUGGCAGCCGAGCUCAAGGACAGCCAGGAGGCCUGUGGCCAGUUGUCAGCUCAAGUGGAGUCCCUGAAGAAAGAGUCUGGGCCGAAUCUUCGCCGACUGUCUGAGAUGGAGGAGCAGUUGCAGACGCUGCGCACACAGAACAAGGAGUUGGUCAGCGCCGUCAAUGCAAGUUCCGCAAGCCGAGCUGACGAGGAGUUGCUGAAGCUUCGACAGGCGCUGGCAGCCACACAGGAAGCCAGCCAAGCUGCGGUGCAGGCAGCACAAGCCAAGACCGCAGCCGCAGAGGAUAAGUAUUCGGAGCAACAGCAGGAGGUGAAAGCGCUGAUGCUGCAAGUCGCAGAUCUCACGGAACAGGCGGAAAGCCGCCGGCUGCAGAUCGAGCCCAUGGAGAAGGAGCUCCAAGGCUUUCAGGCUGCCCAUGAGGCUGAGCUGGAUCUCUUCCGCGAGGAACAAGCUAUGCGGAAAGAGCAGCACCAGCAGGAGAUUCAGGAGCUGCAGCUUCGUCUGGGGGAGCAGCAGAUCAAGGCCGAGCGAGAACUACAAGAUGCACAACUACAGCUGCAGAAGUCCAAAGAGGCUCUGCAGGAAGCCCAAGUCAAUGCCGAAGCCGCGGCUGUCGAAGCGACUGCUGCAAGGCGUGAAGUUGAAGCUCUUCGCUCCAACCAGUGUCUGGAGCCUGAAGCGCUGCAUGCAGAGCCUAAUGGUGAAGAGGAUCGUGCAGAUCCUUCUCCCAUGCUUGGCGAUAGUCUUCAGGUACUGGAGCUGCGCAAGAGGAUCAAUCUCUUGGAGACCAGGUGUGCGACGUUGCAGAGGCGGCUCCGCUCUCAGGAUGCCGUGACGGGCGCUGCCAGCACGAGACCGAGCUGGGAGCUGCGGCUGGCGGCUCUGGCAGGUCCCCAGGUUGCCGCAGUCGCUGUGGCGCUGCACCGCCUGUCUCUGAGCGGACUUCGUGGCUUCACGGAGCGCUUGCUCAAGAGCGAGGCUUGGCUUUGGGUAUUUUACGCUCACCUGCUGGUUCUGUAUACCAUUUCAGCAUCGUGCUCUGUACAAACCACAGCAGAUGCUGGAAGAGGCGCUGUCGAUACCCUGAAUGCCCAGCUGGCUGCCAUGGCUGGAAGCAGCACUCCAGCCGCGACCCAUUUGCGGGGAAGCUGA